CCUGUGGUCCGUGUUUCAGCGUGUAAGCCUUUCAACCAGUGUGGGACCUGCACCACGUUUGGAGUGUGCAACAUUGUGAAGAACUACACCCUGUGGAAGGUGGGCGAUUUCGGGGCAGUCAGUGGGCGGGAGAAGAUGAUGGCUGAGAUCUAUGCAAGAGGCCCCAUCAGCUGUGGGAUCAUGGCCACAGAUAAUCUGGACGCAUACGUGGGCGGUCUGUACUCGGAGUACAUGGCCGAGCCCUACAUCAACCACAUCGUGUCAGUGGCCGGCUGGGGUCUGGACGAGAACGGCGUGGAGUACUGGAUCGUCCGCAACUCCUGGGGAGAGCCCUGGGGUGAGAAGGGCUGGCUCCGGAUCGUCACCAGCGCCUACAAGGGCGGCAGCGGGAGCCAUUACAACCUGGCCGUGGAGGAGGACUGCAUGUACGGGGACCCCAUCCUGCCCCAGAACUACCUGUAGCCCCAGGACGGGAGCGACUCUUCCGCCUCACUUCCUGUCCCCUGCGCUCCGCUUCCUCUUUCUCCCCGACGCACACGGGGCUGGCUU